GGUCAGUUUGUGUUCAACAAUCGUUGUGUUCAGUCGUAGCCUGUUUUUAUAUCUUUUUAAGUAUUUAAAUCUUUUGAGGAGUUGUCAUCAUGAAGUGGUUGAGUGCUGUAAUUGUCGUGCUAAAUCUUAUGUAUCAUGUCAGUUACGCUAAUGACAAACGUGAAGAUGUGUGGGAACAAAAUCUCUCGAAUGCAUUUAACAUUGAUGCAUCGACAGAAGGUUUACAAAAAGUUCAGUUGAAAUGUGGAGCUGAUUCGAUGCAAAUUGAACUUCAAACAAAGGAUGAUUUCACCGGAGUAAUGUACACGAGAGGCAGCUUCUAUAAACACAAAGCGCCAUGCUUCAUGGAAGGCAGAGGUGCACGAUCUCUCACAAUGAAAUUCCCACUUGGUCAAUGUCAGACACUUCAAGAUGGCGAUGUAUUCUCAAACGUGAUUGUUGUGCAACAUGACCCAGAGCUUGUGACGACGGGAGAUGCUGCAUUCCAAGUUGAAUGCGAUUUUAGAAAACCACGAAGUAUUACAGUUGGUGCCGAUUUUCAAGCGAAAGAUGCGAGACCUGCUUAUGGCUCACGAAUUACACUCACAUCACCCGAUCCAUCAGCCGUAUCCACUCACAAACGCACCAAGCGCGACACUGCAAAAUCCGAUACACAUGAAGUCACAUUCAUUCCACAUAAUGAUGCGACAAAUGAAGACAACGAAGAUGAAAUCACGAAAGAACACCGCAAUCAUCACAAAAUCCAUCAGAGUCGGAAUUUAUAAUAACAAGCUAAAUUCGACGAUGUUAAAAGUAUUUUGAUCCAUUCCAUCCCAUUUUGUCGAUCGCCCGCUUAAAUGUUUUACUUUUGAUUUCUUUUUUGGUGCUGAAAGAAAAAUAAAAUUGAAAUCGCAUCUAACUGGUGGGUGAUUGAUAACUUUAGAUUGUGUAGAUAGACUUGAUUAAAAAAUAUUUUUUUGUUAUGUUUGUGUUAUGUGAUAAAAGUAAGAAGUAACAAAAAAGAAGAAUAAGACGAAGAUAGUUUGUCGAUCGCUUUGGAAAUUCGCAUUAAAUCGAUCCAUCAUAAAUAAACUAAAUAUUUACUUAUCUAAAUUUAAAGUAAGGAGACAUAAACUUAGAUAGUUUCUAGAUAAUAAAUUGACCACAAGCCACAACAAAUCUCUGGUAUUUAGGAAAGUAGAAAUAAUAAAAUGUGAAUUAAUUUUUUAUUAGAAUUUCAAUUG